AUGGAUGUGGGGCGCUCGGCUCGUCCGAGGCGACGCGAGAUGGCGGCGCCGAUCUCAGGAGGUGGUCGCUGUCGGUUAAGCAAGGUGGGGGCUAACAGGCGCCCACCUCCAGCUCGAGUAAGGGUGGCUGUGCGACUGCGGCCAUUUGUGGAUGGAACAGCUGGAGCAAGUGAUCCUCCCUGUGUGCGGGCUAUAGACAGCUACUCUCUAGAGAUUGCCAACUGGAGGAACCACCAGGAGACACUCAAAUACCAAUUUGAUGCCUUCUAUGGGGAGAGGAGCACUCAGCAGGAUAUCUAUGCAGGUUCAGUGCAGCCCAUCCUUAGGCACUUGCUAGAAGGGCAGAAUGCCAGUGUGCUUGCCUAUGGGCCCACAGGAGCAGGGAAGACUCACACAAUGCUGGGAAGCCCAACCCAGCCAGGAGUGAUCCCCCGGGCUCUCGUGGACCUCGUGCAACUCACAAGGGAGGAGGGAGCUGAGGGCCGGCCAUGGGCCCUCUCUGUCACUAUGUCCUACUUAGAAAUCUACCAGGAAAAGGUAUUAGACCUUUUAGACCCUUCAUCAGGAGACCUGGUGAUCCGAGAAGACUGUCGGGGAAACAUCCUGAUACCUGGCCUAACACAGAAGCCCAUCACUAGCUUUGCUGAUUUUGAACGGCACUUCUUGCCAGCCAGUCGAAAUCGGACUGUAGGAGCCACACGGCUCAACCAGCGCUCUUCUCGCAGUCAUGCUGUGCUCUUGGUCAAGGUGGAUCAGCGGGAACGUUUAGCCCCAUUUCGCCAACGGGAGGGAAAACUCUAUCUAAUUGACUUGGCUGGCUCAGAGGACAACCGGCGUACAGGCAACAAGGGCCUUCGGCUGAAAGAGAGUGGAGCCAUCAACACCUCCCUCUUUGUUCUGGGCAAGGUGGUGGAUGCACUGAACCAGGGCCUUCCUCGUGUGCCUUACCGGGAUAGCAAGCUCACUCGCCUACUGCAGGACUCUCUGGGUGGCUCAGCCCACAGCAUCCUCAUUGCCAACAUUGCCCCUGAGAGACGCUUCUACCUAGACACAGUCUCUGCGCUCAACUUCGCUGCCAGGUCCAAAGAAGUGAUAAACCGCCCUUUUACCAAUGAGAGCCUACAGCUUCAUGUCUUGGCACCCGUUAAGCUUUCUCAGAAAGAACUGCUAGGCCCAUCAGAGGCAAAGAGAGCCCGAGGUCCUGAGGAAGAGGAAAUUGGGAGCCCUGAGCACAUGGCAGCUCCAGCUUCUGCCUCCCAGAAACUCAGCCCCCUGCAGAAGCUGAGCAGUAUGGACCCAGCCAUGGUGGAGCGCCUCCUGAGCCUGGACCGGCUGCUGGGCUCCCAGGGGAGUCAGGGGGCUCCUCUGCUGAAUACCCCAAGGCGAGAGCGGAUGGUGCUCAUGAAGACAGUGGAGGAGAAGGACUUGGAGAUUGAGAGACUUAAGAUGAAACAAAAAGAACUAGAAGCCAAGGUGCUGGCCCAGGAGGCUGCAAACCCAAAGGAGAAAGAGAAUUGCUCUCCUACAAUGCUCCGACCCCUUUCCCAUCGCACAGUCACAGUGGCAAAGCCCCUGAAAAAGGCUGUGGUGAUGCCCCUACAACUGAUUCAGGAGCAGACAGCAUCCCUAAAUGCUGAGUUCCAUAUCCUGAAGAAUAAAAGCCGAAAAAGAAAGUCCCUGGAUGGCUCAGAGCCUGAGAUGAAGGCUGAGGACUGCUGGGAACUACAGAUAAGCCCCGAACUACUGGCUCAUGGGCGUCAAAAAAUACUGGAUCUGCUGAAUGAAGGCUCGGCCCGGGAUCUGCGCAGCCUGCAGCGCAUUGGUCCAAAGAAGGCGCAGCUUAUCGUGGGCUGGAGGGAGCUCCACGGCCCGUUCAGCCAGGUAGAAGACCUGGAACAAGUGGAGGGCAUAACUGGGAAACUGAUGGAGUCAUUCCUGAAGGCGAACAUCCUCAGUCUCGCCGCUGGCCAGCGCUGUGGUCCCUACUGAAGGCUGUCUUUUUUUGUUUUUUAAUCGUUGUAUAACCGCAUGUUGUGUAAAUACAGUUCUUAUUCCAGUG